AUGGCCCUCAACAGAUCUCGACUGCGUGCUUCCACCGCCUCCGCCUCCCCAGUUCGAAGAAGACAUGAAAACACCCUUGGCGAGAUUCCUCCCACUCCUUCUGACUGGAAUCCUGAUGCGGACAUCGAACCUGGCUUUAUGGAACUACGUGUAGAUACUGGACGGCGAGCAGAUGCUCAUCCCGCAGGAAGCAGUGGUAGGAGUCAGCUUUCAGCAAGCAGAGAGGCCAUGACGGACAGUAUACGUGAAAGAAGAUCGCGAAGUCGAGCCAAGAGGGAAGGUCAAGAGAUCGUCCUCGAGGAUCAACAAAGUCAGGAGAUUUCGAAUCACAAUCCGCCUAGUUUUGCAAGACCCACCAAUCUCACUCUUGCUACUAAUGAUGGUCUACUGCGGAGAAGGCGCAACGCAGCUGUCGAGUCUUCUUCAUCCCAGUCGAGUCCAGCUCAGCCUUCCUCGCCUGAGUAUGCCCGCCGUCAGGGGCAGGGACGCAACAAUCUGGCAAUAUUGACACCACCUUAUACGCCUUCCAUCGCUGCUCCACAGAAGGGUCCACUACAUCAUGUUGCCACUCCUAACGAGCAACUCUCGGAUCAGCCAACUCAUACGAGCCGCACACAGCCUCCAACUAAUGAGUCCCAUAGUGGACCUACGAGUGAUACGAGUCCUCCAGAUCCAAGCGGACUUUCAAAAUUCGCCCAAUCCAGUUUGGAACGAUAUCAAGUAUUUGUUGGUCAAGAAGUUGCCGCCGAGAAUGAUCAGGAGCGGUUGAAACUCUUUGCGAGUUUCAUGGUUCAAGAGUCGAGAUUACGAAGAGGGUUCUACUCGGAAGCCUUCAAUAGCAUGGCCGGAGAUAUCAUGGAACUGACGCGUGAUGUGUGGAGGCCAUUACCCGCUACAUCCGAGCCUGCUACCACGCAGCCCAAGAGUCGUAACGUGAGUCCGGAAAGUGCAAACAUCAUGAUUGAUCUGGACGACAGCUUUCACACAUCUAUCGCUUCUACUGCAGAACUUACGCCAGCUACCGAUACAGAGUCUCUAGCAGAUGAGAGCCAGGAUGUUGUGAACAGAAGACCUUCUAAUCCAUGGGGUGACAAGUUCAAGCCGUGUCUUUCUCCGAUCCCUAGCAUGGCUGUCAGUACUGUGCCAGACGAAGAAAGCUCCAGAGGAAGAUCGGCCAGUCGAUGGUGGGAAGAGAGUGUAGAUGGCUUAUUUGGGAACGGAGGGCGUAGACUCGAGAGAACCAGACAAGAGGCAAAGUACAUGAGUCUGCACCCUCAGGAGUUGUUCCUUGCUGCACAGCCUUCGCCUAACCAGAGUACACCCACUCCCGGUACCAGCAAGCAGGCCUUUCAGUAUGGACCUGAUGAAUACCCUCAGGAGAAGACUGGCUGGCACGAAGAGGAUGGUUUGUAUACUCCGUCAAACCUGCAUUCGGCAACUUUGCUCUCGCCUCGCAACAAAGCACCUGCAGGUCGCCCGACCGGUAGAUCAGCUCUGGAUGUCACAAGACUUGUCACACUCCCACCACCGUAUCCACGCCAUUAUCCUGCGGUCAACAACAGUCAUCCUGCAUUGAGCACGCUCAGAGCAAACCAUCGUGCCGUCGCAGACCUUUCGAGCAUACGCGAACUCAUUCAGUCUCACGAAGCCACCGAGGCUAGCAGACGGCAACAAUGGCGAACGUUGGCUGGAGAACGACUUCGUCACUUCCGAUCACAAACACAAGCGUCCAUCAACUCAGGCAAGAUAUCGUACAACGAUGUCACUCAGGCUGAGCUCACCUUUCGUCAAUCUGAGGCUACGAAUGUACUUAGACAAGCUGAAACUCAAUGUCAGGACUUCCGGCAACGGGUCCAUGAGUCUGUGUGUCGAAUGCUUGCUGAGCAUUCGCGAAGUUGCGAUGAUUUCAUCGAUCAGCUCACCAGGGCUCUAGAUGCAGAGGCUGGGUGCGAUCAGAACUUGCUCGCCCAGACAGAAGGAGAUGAGAGGCCUGAGCUUGUUGAGCAGCUUACACUUCUGAAGUGGUUGUUCGAGAGCAGAGAGCAUAUCCACAAGGAAAGAUUUGACAUCGACACUGCCCUUCUUGCGAGAGAGACGGCAUCUGUUUUGACCAACUAUCGACAGAACGCGAACGAAGUACAAUUGCGCCAGGCUGAACAUCAUUUCGAAUCCGAACUUCAGACGCGACAGCUCCGAUAUGCAUACGAGACGAAUGAGAGAUACGACAACUUGCGCAAGACUGUGGAGAAACACAUCUCGAGAGGAGUCGAAAUUCAACUGUCAGCGUUCUGGGAUAUUGCACCAGGCCUGGUUGAAGUUGUGCACAAAGUGCCCAACAGUCUACACGGAUUCGAGAUCGUGGUGCCUCCCAAUGAGCUGGCGGAGAACAUGUCCUAUCACGAGUUCCCUUUGCAGUAUAUGUACGGCAUCCUAGUACACGCCAAGAAAUCGGCGUAUCAAUUCAUCGAGGCGCAGACAAACCUGCUAUGUCUCUUGCACGAAGUGCACACGGCGAGCGAAGCGGCUGCCCUACGGUUGCGAGAGAUUGAGCGCAGUGCAGCAGGCGAGAGUGCAAGUCAAGUGCAGGCAGAGAUGGCACAUUUCAAGAAGCAGAAGGAACAGGAGUUGACUGAAGAUUUGCAAGGGAAAGUGCACGAGGUGGAGGGUCAAUGGAGAGAGGCUUUAGGGGCAUCGAUUGAAGAUUGUAUUGAGCGGGUCAGGACUUGGCUGGAGCACACUGGCGGCUGGGAGGAGAACCUGAAAGUCUAA